GAGUUGAGCACCAGUUUCCCGAAUCAAGGCGUAGCACCAGGAGCAGCUGACUGAUAGUGCGAGCUUUGGAUUUCCCGGGUCGUUGUAAAAUUAACUGCAAGAAGUAUCUGUUAUUUAGUUUGUGAGAGUUCGAAAACGUAUCUGAAGAUGGUCAUCAAGAUUUACAUCUCCGGAAUUUCUGGAAACAAAGAGGUGAAAAAGCGCCAACAACGAGUGCAAAUGAUUUUGGAGAGCAAAGGAAUACCAUUCGAAGCGGUGGACAUCACAGAACCUGGCAAAGAGGAGGACAAAGAGUUCAUGCAAAAAAACAGCAAGAACAGAGACAACGACCGCUACCCGCUGCCACCCCAACUGUUUAAUGACAGUGAAUACUGCGGGGAUUACGACGAUUUUGAUCUGAGCAAUGAGAUAGACGAACUGGAAAAAUUCCUCAAAGUUCCUGUUGACCCUGCCAAGGCGGCGAAGAAGGAGGGCACCAAUGGCACAGUCAACGGUGUGUCAGGAAGUCGAGAGGCAUCCGUCGACAAAGUCAUCGAGAUUCCAGUGCCCACAAGCAUUAAGACUGCUGAAGAACCCGAAGUAACAGAACCUGAUAAGGCCGAAUCAACAGAUACGACAGCGGAAAAAGACACGGUAGCAGACGAGGAUGAUGAGCAAGAAGAAGAAGGAGAAGAUGAAGAAUAAUUGAGCUUCAUCGUGCAAGUCUUUUUUCUUUUACUCUUUUUUUGCUAAACCGACUUUAUUGUAAGUCAUUUCAUUAGCCUUUGUCAUGAAAUGUAAAAUGUCCUACUUGUGCUAAUUGUGACUUUCUUCACCAUUAUAUUCAUUAUUCAAGCAUAGGUACAAUUUUCUAAAUGAUAAAACUGACUAUUAGCCAACAGAGUCAAAAAUAAUUUGAAUUUGAUAUAUAAUGCUGCCAGCAGAAAUGGUUUUUUUCAUCACAAUUGCCUUGGCUUGCCUUUCAAACCAUGAAAUUAAAUUUGUUAUUUGCAAGAUUUUCUAUAUUAGUCUUAGAACAUAGCUUUAAAGCCCAAGUUCACUCAAAUUCUGUUUGACUUGAGUGUAUUACUUCCGUUAUAUUUUAUCCACGUUUGUUUCAAACGGUCAUUAUUACAAUGAGUAUAAAGGGAAGAAUAUGAGUUUUUAGUAAUAACAACAAUUUCCUCGCCCCCUCCUCCUUGUCUCUUAAAAUGCUCUUCCUUGACUUGUUACCAAAGCAUUAUUUCACUUUUGAAAUUCGAGCUAGACUGAAUUAAUAUAGCGAAAAGCAACCAACUUAACUUUUGUGCAGACUUUCCUGAAUUAUUUGCUGUGGCCAAUCUAGUUUUGAAUCUGCAAUUUCUUGAAAAUCGAGGACAUGACUUUUAAAGUGAGAAGCCUGACUUGACAGAAUUGAUGAUGCUCAAGCUGAUAGUAACAGGUCAAUGGACUCAUAAAUUUGUAUUAAGUGCGCUGCACUUUCGUCUCUUAAGUAUCUCUCUGAUUGAAUUAAUUUAGUGUAAAAAAUUUACACGAUCUUGUAUUUAUUCUUUUCUCUAAUUGACCUUGCGUCUUUUUGUUGCCAAUAUCCCAUUUUUUAUUGCAAAUUGCUCAAAGUGUAGGCGACUACAUGAAGCUUCUAGGGCUGUGCCUUAACACUGGGCUCUCUUUAACUAAAUUGCGCACACGCUAAAACCAAUUGAUUUGUAUUUUCCCAUUUUGUGUCCCACAAAAGCUGAACCAUGUCUUCAAUGUACAUACAUGAGUAAUUAUGUACGAUUAUUUUAUUUUGUCUCAAGUCUUUGUUAAUGUCAUUUUGAAAUUGCAAUUUUUUUAUUUUUCAUCUUGUGAACCUUCAUAUAAUAAAGGAGAAUAUAAGCUAAAAAUUGAACCAAA